GGCCCAAUUAUUUUUAAAAAGGUUAUCCCCUAAUCAGGAACCAACGCUCCCUACGUUCUAACUGACCAGCACCACCGACCAUCUUCACUCAUCCUAUCCCUCAUUGCUCGCGUAGUAGCCGGACGUCCCUCCGUCCAUCGCCAACAAUGGCGUAGUCUUCUUCCGCGCGCACCUCUUCGACACGUUGUCUGCUGCAUCUGGACGCUGGAAAAAUCUCUGAUUGCCGUUGUUCCGACUCACUACUCAGCUAGACAGUUCUGAAGACAUCAACACCACUUUGGCACCAAAAAUAUCUUAUUGCAGACAAGAUUGAAGAUUUUUAUUGCUCAAUUUGACUGGCUGUGAUGUUCUCAAUCUCCCGCUACUGUGCUAAUGGCUUCAAUGCGUCCAAUAAACUCAUCGUUAUGCGUUGCUCUGAAGCAUCACCGAUUACUCUGGCCAAUGGAAAUGUAGAACUGCGCUCUGUUGAGAGAAAUGAGAUUCGCCUUGGCUUGCCUAGCAAAGGUCGAAUGGCUGUGGAGACUCUUGAUCUUCUCAAGGACUGCCAAUUGUCAGUGAGACAAGCAAAUCCAAGGCAGUACGUUGCCGCAAUUCCUCAGCUCUCAAACGUAGAAGUUUGGUAUCAACGGCCAAAAGAUAUCGUGCGGAAGUUGAUUUCUGGGGAUUUGGACCUUGGUAUUGUUGGGUUAGACACAGUUUUUGAAUACGGACAGGAGAAUGAAGAUCUUAUUAUAGUCCAUGAUGCUCUUGAGUAUGGUGAUUGCCGAUUGUCUCUAGCUAUACCACAGUAUGGAAUUUUCGAGAAUGUAAACUCAUUGAAGGAGCUAACAGAAAUGCCACAUUGGACACCUGAGAGACCUUUGAGAGUAGCUACAGGAUUCACAUAUAUGGGACCCAAGUUUAUGAAUGAAAGUGGAUUGAAACACGUAACCUUUUCAACUGCGGACGGAGCACUUGAGGCAGCUCCAGCAAUGGGAAUAGCUGAUGCAAUUGUGGACCUUGUGAGCAGUGGAACAACAUUGAGAGAAAACAAUCUUAAAGAGAUUGAAGGUGGAGUCAUCUUGCAAAGUCAGGCUGUCUUUAUUGCUAGCAGGAAUUCAUUGAUGCAGCGUAAGGGUGUACUAGACAUAACACAUGAAAUGCUUGAAAGGUUGGAGGCUCAUUUACGGGCUUCGGGUCAAUUCACAGUAACUGCCAAUAUGAGGGGAAGUUCAGCACAGGAAGUAGCUGAGCGUGUGUUGAGCCGAAAUUCCUUGUCAGGUUUGCAGGGACCCACAGUAAGUCCAGUAUUUUGCAAACGAGAUGGUCGAGUAAUGCCGGAUUACUAUGCAAUUGUUAUUUGUGUCCCAAAGAAUGCAUUGUACAAGUCUGUGCAGGAGCUGAGGGCGGUUGGAGGCAGUGGUGUUCUGAUUUCCCCAUUGACAUACAUUUUCGAUGAAGAAACUCCUAGAUGGCGUAAGCUUCUCUCCAACUUGGGCCUCUAAGUGUUUCUGUUAUGUGUAUUAAAGGUUGUUGCAUCCUUCAGAGCAUGUCCCACUCAACCUGGUAACCUAUCUACAUGAGAAAAAGAACUCCAGAAGUUGGAUUCUUUUUUUUUGGGUACCCAUUUGCUGUAUUUUUUCGCAUAUUUAUUAUGUAAUUGAAACUAGUUCUGUAACAUUGUCUUAGGGAAACUGUGGGUAUUGUUGUGUUUCCAAUAUUCUCCUCUGUGCAUUAAUUUGACAAUGACUUAUUAUUUAAAUCUGAAUAAGUUAUUCGAGGCUACUACUUUGCCAUAUUGGUCAUAGUACACUACUUUAUUCUUGCUAUGCUACUAUAAACAGGGGAAAUUGAAAUAAUGAAAGAAUGAG